UUUUGUGUGUGUGUGUGUCUGUGGGGGGGGGGGGGUUGACACAUGUCAAAUAUGUGACUAUAAUUUUUAGGAAUAAAAAAUGAUAUAUGUCUGUAAAUUGAUGUAUUUUGCUUCUUUUUAGUGCAGUUUGGGAUGAUUUCAAUAGUAUCAAUAUUGUAUUACCCAUUUUAAACCUGUAUAAGUAUUGUUAAUAUACCAUAAAAUACGUUAACAACACAACUGGAAGAAUAACCAAAUAUCGAGUGCAAUCUAGAAAAAAAAAAGAAGUACAUUGCCAUGUUAGUAUGCUUUCUUAUGAAUAUAAUUGCAUUUUUUUUUUUUUUGCCCCAAAUUCACAGUCACUGCAUUGACUUGAAUACUUGGAACGUCGACUUAGUGGCUCGUCAGACCACCGUUCCUUCCUCUAUAUGUGCCUUUGAAGUCGUGUGCCGCCUGGAGCGUGGAUGGACACCAAGAAAAAUCGGGGGCCCACUUGUGUUCACGAAACAUGAUUAAAAUCAAUUCAACAUGCUUCACAGUUGAACAUUAAAUUGUUCAUUAAAACGCAUUAAUGCACGUUUUGAUUGACACGGUUAAAGAGAUACUUAGAUGAUUGUGUAAGUGGUCAUUAUGCGGCUGGGCGGCGUACACUCCUUGAAAUCUAUUGACGGACUUCAUAAUUCGAACUUGCAGUUGACACUUAUUACCUAUGACGUGAGGUGGCAGCACACUUACUGGACACAGGCACUUUGCAGCUCCUAAAAAUAGGCCCGACUAAAGCCUCUUAAGUUCAAAGCACCUAAGGUGCUUUCCCUCGGGGCCAGCAAAUCCCUGAAGAUAGUGGCACUUUUAAUGCCUUAAGAGGUGUGUCAGGACCGGAGGGAUGCUUGCAGGUGUUCACGGCUGCUGUUCGGAUAGUCGGACCAUGUAGAGGAUAGUAGUAGGGCCCCACAGAUUACAGUUGGGGCCACCGGUAUGAGUGACCUGCUGGUGAAGGAACUGGUGGCCAACACAGCCUACCUCAGGGCUCAGCGGCAGGACCGCAACGAGCUACGAAAGGAGAGACUCUCCCUGACUCUGCCCCUGCCAAAGAGCUCCGCAACUCUGCAGGAAGCAGAAGGGAAGCAGUACGAGUCACUUUGCGAGCAGCAGCCCAUUGGCAGGGAGUUAUUCCGGCAGUUUCUCCUCAGUUGUAACCCGCAGUAUGCAGCCGCCAUCGAGUUCCUGGACGAGCUGAGAGGAUGGAGCUCUGCUGUAGAUGACGACCAAGAAAAGGCCAGGCAGAACCUCGUCGAUAAGUUCUGUCACUCUGAGUCCAGGAGUUUUCUGUCUUUUCUCAAAGGAGACUCAGUGGAAACAGGCAAGUGCUUCUCAAACAUUUUGGAUGAGUCCUCGGUGAACCAGAUGAGAGAAGCCACAAGAGACUUCCUGCGAGGAAAACCUUUCUCGGAGUUCCUGAGGAGCCCGUUCUUUUUCAGGUUUCUGCAGUGGAAGGAGUAUGAGAGACAGAAGAUUAGUGAUAAAUACUUUCGCGAGUUUCGGACGUUAGGGAAAGGCGGUUUUGGUGAGGUGUGCGCAGUCCAGGUGAGGACUACAGGACAAAUGUACGCCUGCAAGAAGUUGGAUAAGAGACGCUUGAAGAAGAAAGGUGGCGAGAGGUUGGCCCUUCAGGAGAAGAGGAUCCUGGCAAAGGUGAACAAUCUUUUCAUUGUGAACCUGGCCUACGCCUAUGAAAACAACACCCACUUGUGCCUGGUCAUGGACCUGAUGAAUGGAGGAGACCUCAGGUUCCACAUCUACGACCUCGGAGAGCGCGGUAUCCGUAUGAACCGCGUGGUUUACUACGCAGCCCAGAUGACCAUGGGCCUCCUUCACCUGCACUCCUUGAACAUCGUCUAUCGCGACUUGAAGCCGGAGAACGUGCUGCUGGACGCCUGCGGCCAUUGCAGACUAUCAGACCUCGGACUGGCUGUCGAGCUGCCAAAUGGGAAAACGAUCUGCCAAAAGGCGGGCACAACUGGUUACAUGGCCCCCGAGAUGCUGACCCAGCAGUACUACAGCACAUCGGUGGACUGGUGGGCGCUGGGCUGCUGCAUCUACGAGAUGGUGGCUGCUCGCUUGCCUUUUCGAGACUUCCGCGAAAAGGUGCUGAAGAGCGAGGUGACCCGCCGCACGCUCGAAGACCUGUGCAAGUUUCAUCACAAGGGAUUCGACCCCACGACCAAAGACGUCAUCUGUUGCCUCCUUAAGAAAAAAGUAGCACAUCGCCUUGGGUGCCAAUGUGAUGACCCACGAAAACACCCAUUUUUCAAGAGCAUUAAUUUCCAUCUCCUGGAGGCGCGGCGUUUGGAGCCCCCAUGGAUGCCCAAGCCCAACGUGGUGUACGCCAAAGACACGAACAGCUUCAACGACACCUCGGAAGUCGGAGACAUUGAACUGGAUGCCAAGGAUGAAAACUUUUUCAAGGAAUUCAGCACAGGCGCAGUCACGGUCUCUUGGCAGAAGGAGAUGAUUGACAGCGGGUUGUUUGAUGAGCUCAACAGGGCAGAAAAGAACGGCCAUGAGCGAGCAAUGGCCUGGAAAUCAAAGAUGUGUGUCAUUUUGUAAGCAUCGCUUCUAAUCUACAUUCGGGAUAAGAAGGGGCGUCCCACCAAAAUCUGGGCCCGCAUAAUUAAUCAUCAAAAAGUGCUCCCCUUUGAUGGCGGGGGGCGCUGAGCGAUAUGUUGUUGGUGACACAUAUUAUCGUAAACGAAAAAUCUAUUCAAUAACAUUACGAUGUUACAUUACUAAUUUCCAACUUUAUCGACGGGGAUGGUGGCGACUGAUAUUGAACUACUUGAAAUUUUUCUACAACUAUUGUUUCGACCAGGAUUGGGUGGGUGCGGGUUGGGGAGGGGCGGGGGAGUGUUCCUGGGGCCUCCAGAAAGUCUUCUCAUUUCCCUCUCAAGAUCGACACCCAUGGGGAUAAGCAAUGCAACCCUGGAAUACUUGAAAUGAUGGUGCUGGUUUUAAAUAGAAUCAUGACACAAUAAAUCUGACUACCUCGAAUAA